AGGCUAACAGCACUCAUCACCAUUUGUUGUUUUUUGAGACGUCCUGCUUCCCUGCCGGUCUCAACCUCGCCCUCUACCCCCUUUUCCCUUUGCCUCUUUCUAUUUCUCGUUAUCGCAGUCUUGUCUGCAAUCUCGAAUUGAGCUGCAGCCACCGCCCAAAAAGUCCAACCCCCCUUUCCCUUCCCUGCAGAGAGGCUGCCUCAUUCGAUCCGUGCGGGCGGUGUGUGCGUGUGUCGUGGCCUCGUCCAUCCCCCCCUUCCUGCUUUUGCGACGUGGGCAGGUUCUUUUUUGAGUAUCAGACGUUUGUCUGCAAAUCGCCAUUUCAAUGGCUUCGACUGUCAAUUCUGCACCAGCCGCCAACGGCCCUGCUGGUAGCAACAAUCUACCUCCAUCUUCACAGAACAACGGCGGUGCUCGGCAGUCAUUGAGGACAAAUGCAAGCUUGAAGGGCUCUGAACCCGGUAGGCGCCAGUCUGGCAGCCCGGUUGAUGGGGGUCAAAGGCGCUCCAAUUCUCAGAAAGCCUGGACUCAAGGCAUAAACCCUCUCACUCAGAAAUCUUCUUCGCAACAGAACGGCAACAAUUCCCACAUCAAGUCGACACCGUCCCCGAAACCAACGGCCUCCAGAGAAUCCAAUACCCCAGAACAACACGCCCAUGACCGUCUUGUCUUCCUACUGACAAGCUUCAUCGGCCUUCCGGCAACUGUCAUUACGAAGACUGGUGAUACGUUCAAUGGUAUAUUUUCAUCUUCAGAACUGCAAUCUAGUGAUUCGGCGUUUGUUCUCAAAAUGGUUCAUCGUGGUCAACUGGACCCUCGCGCCAAUGGACUAAGUGAUUCGGCUAGCCCAUUCGUUGGCGCAUCUCCUGAUUACAGUAUGACCUUCGAUUUAAAGGAUAUUGCUGAUAUCACAGUGGCCAAUGUCACUACGUCAGAAAUCAUGGCCAAGGAAUCAAACGGCCCUACGACUGGAUUCCGUACCGACACUGACAUUUCGGGGAGCCUUGCAAUGCGGGAAAGAAAUUUGCAGCGUUGGGAACCAAGCUCAACAGAUCCAUCCGUGGACAUGCAUCUCGAGAGCGCCCAGACUGGCGACUGGGACCAAUUCGAAGUAAAUGCGCGUCUUUUCGGUGCCACAACUAGUUAUGACGAGAAUCUCUACACCACGCGUAUUAACCGUAACGAUCCGUCAUACAGGAGGAGAGAGGCAGAAGCCGCCCGAAUAGCUCGUGAGAUUGAGGGCACGCAGACGGACAACCCACACUUGAGAGAAGAGCGUGGCCACGCGUUUGAAGGCGAUGAUCAUGAUGAGGAAGACAAGUACAGUGGAGUUCGUCGUGAAGAAGCCUCUUUUCCACCAUUGCAGUCUGGCCAACCCAAUACGUAUACACCACCGGGACGACGACCGCCUGUUCAACAACCACCUACCAUUUCUCCAGCUGUUUCUGACCCAGCCAUCAUAUCUGCUCAACUUGCUAAGCCCGAUGCUGCACCAAAGGACUCGGCACUGUCGAAGCCAACCGCAUCAUCUGAGACCUUGACAAAGACCGCUGCCCCAUCUCAAUCAAAGGCCCCGGAGAAGAAGGCAGCCGCCCCAGUCUCCAAUGCACCCACUAAACGCCCUGGAGCCGCUGAGAAUGCUACGUCAAAUGUGGAAACAGAGGUUCUCGAUCACUUCCGUCAAUUCGCCAAUAACGAAAAGAUGAAAAUGCAAGAACGUCGCCGUAACCAGGCAUCUCAUGACCGUACUGUUAAGCUGAAUGAGCUGAUGAAGUUUUCGCAAAACUUCAAACUCGCAACUCCUGUUCCCAAAGACCUCGUUCCCAUCCUAGCGAAGGACCCAGGAAAGCAGGAACAAAUAAUCGAGAGAGCGCAACGCCAAGCCGACGAAAAGGCAGCUACCACCAAAGUUGGGACACCAACUACGCCCCCCGUAGAGCAGAAGGCUGGAACUGUCCGAGCUGCGGCACCUCGUAAUGAAACCGGAACGAGUGCCGUGCCUCCAUCAGCACCCGCCGAUCGCCAAAACUACUCUCGUGGUCGCCAGGCGUUCCCGCCUCAGGGACCUCAUGGUGGUGGAAGAAUUCAGUCUCAGACAUUCCAUGGAGGUCGGGGAACUCUCGGCCACCGACUGGCAGAUAAUUAUCGCCAACAAAAGAGCGCCCUUGCAGGGGUUCCUGCUCCUUUGCCUAUUCAAGAUGUUCGCGUUCCACCGUCGGGUCCUUCGAAUGAUCCCAAAGUGCAAACUCCCACGUCCAGUAAAUUCAAUGUUCGGGCGAUGGAAUUCAAGCCUAAUCCAGCGGCUAGUACCUUCACUCCUGGUGGCUCUGGGGCUGCUGCCGCUAGCCCACAAUUAAGCACCCGUGGUCGAUCUGUUUCUCGUGCUAGUACACCUUCUGCCUUUUUUGGCAACAAAAAGCCUCUCCCUGCAGCUGAACGGCCAUCCUUGAAGGACCAAUGCUCCCCUAUGGAGCGACUGAGGAAGGAAGCGGAGGAACAAAAGGAUAAAGACUUCACUUUUAACGGCGGGAUUCCACCGCCGUACCGAACCGCUCCCACUUGGGACGUGGCACCCGGAAACCAAGAGAAGACUUUCAGGGACAUGUUCAAGACUACACCGUCGCUAAUAUCACCUCAGAGCCGUUCUGCUUCAAAUCCGAAUGUCCCUCCUCAUGGACAAGCCCAUUUCCAUGCUCAACAAAGCAAUCAAAACGCGACUUCUACCGGGGGCCCUCUCCAUGGCCCUCCUCAUCUUCACCAGCAACAACCUACCCCCCACUUCGAUGAUCCUCACCGCAUGCAAUUGUCUGCAUCAACUUCGCACAUGUUCCCAUCACCCCGAUUGCCGCAUGCUUAUCCGUCGCCUAUGGGUUCGCAUGCCCAGUUGGCCUUUGGUCAGCCGCUGCCUCAGUUUUAUGCCAACCAAGGCUCUCAGCCUGGAAACAUGCGCCAGUAUCCUGGUGGACCUCAAUUUGCCAAUAUUCAAAAUGGAAUGACCGCACCAAUGAUGGUACAACAGCCGUCAAGCGGACCCUACAUGGGGGUUCCCCAGGGAAUGAACGCGCAAUACAACCCUCAUAUGCAAAUGUAUUCUCCUAACCCAACAUACGCUUAUCCGCAGCAUGGUGGUCCUCCACCGCAGCCGCACAGUGGAUACCCAAGUCCCAGUCGGACAGCGCCUAUGAUGAUGCAUCAAGGCUCCCAGCCUGGUCAGCCGCCUCAACCAGUAAUGUUUAUGAACCCUGGCCAACACGGACAGCCAAUGUAUGCACCACAGCAACCCGGCCAUGCUUCUAUAGUUCCCCCUCGCGGCUAUCCACAGCAACCUCAUUACGCCUCCAGCCCUCAUCAGUCCCAGCACUAUCCACCUCAUCAACACCGUGGACCUGGAAAUAACUACAGUCCCAUGCCACAGAUGGCCCCUCAUGUGCCGGCUCAAACACCUCCAUCUGCGGCCGCCGGACCCCAAUCCACCGAGACACCUGAAGAUACUAAAUGA